AUGGUCCUCGUACUAGUCAUUGGUGAUCUUCACAUACCCACUCUCACGCAUGAUCUCCCAGCGAAGUUCAAGAAACUACUAGUUCCAGGCAAGAUAGGCCAGAUCAUAUGUACAGGCAACGUUUGUGAUAAAGAGACAUAUGAUUAUCUACGGACGAUUGCUCCCGAGGUUCACGUCGUAAGAGGAGAAUUUGACGAGAACACUCAUUUCCCUUUAUCACUCACUAUCCCCCAUCAAUCACUCCGAAUAGGCGUCGUCCACGGCCAACAGAUCGUCCCUGCCGGAGAUGCAGAUAUGUUAGCUGCGUUGGCGAGGCAAAUGGAUGUGGAUGUUUUGAUAAGUGGUGGUACUCAUCGUUUCGAAGCAUUCGAAUUCGAAGGUAGAUUCUUUGUGAAUCCUGGAUCUGCAACAGGAGCAUGGAGUGGAUUAUGGAAUGGCGACGCAACACCCUCUUUCGCCUUGAUGGACAUUCAGGGUCCAGUGAUCGUCACAUACGUGUACCAACUAGUGGAAGGGGAAGUCAAAGUGGACAAAGUCGAAUACAGACGUCCCGAACCUCCUAAGGACAAUAUCGCGGCUGGAGCUGUUGCGGGUGGAGCUGGACGAGCGGAAGUUCCAGCUGGUUGGUAA